AUGGCUCGGCCGAUAUUAUCCAACACGCCCACCGCCGUCAAUCCGUAUAACGUCUCAUCUUUAACAUUCGAUGUGGGGCCGUUGACCGAUUUUUCAAAUGAUUGGGCCUUACGGCAAAAAGAAUGGCCAAAUUUUCUACCGAAUACCGCAAGUUCGCCUUCCAAGAAAUUCGCCUUCUAUAAAGAGAUCAGUGUCGAUAGUAACCCUUACCUCUGUUUCCAAAAUGUUAUCAUUCAGAAAGCUCCAAACUCAGGAUCGUUGUCGGGGUCAGGGGAAGCAGGCGAGACCGCAGGAACCAGAAAUGGUUCCAGAUACGGACGCGAUUUUUUCAGUCUAGGAAUCCCGGUUCGUGUUAUGGUAGAAAUGGUUCACCAGCUCACCAAAGUACACUCUAUACCGUUUGGAUCCUGUCGGUCGACCUUAAAAGGUGACCACUUUUGGAUAAUCGCGCGACCGCCACCCGCUUACCCCCCUCAGCUUGUCGAUGAGGAUAUGGAGAGCUUUUUCUUGCAGUGGGAUGAGUUUGUGAAGACUGAUUUAAAAAGCGCCAGUUGGAUGUGCCAUGUUAUCGGUCAAGCUCGUGUAAGAAGCGAAAGCAACUGUGAUCUUGAGAGAGAAGAUCACAGUGGCGAUGAGUCCGUGAAAGGAAAGAGCAGUGGGUUAUCAUCCCGACGGAGGAAAGGGCCACCUAGUCCGCUUUCCCACGGAGAUUUUUCCCUUGGUAUAACGGUCCAAAAAAUUGUUCUACUUGAGAAGGUCCUCGUAGAGGCACCGACCGUCGCCGAGAUGGCAGAGCAGAGACAUGUGUGCUUCCUCAAAGGCCAUGAGGAGCUAGUACCUAGGUCGCCUACUGGCACUAGUAGUAGCCAAGAGUCCUUUACUUCACGGUUCAGCCAGGCUACCAAAAGCAGAUGGCAAUCCAUACGGCGAUCAAUAUCUAGGUCUAGCUCGAGGGCUUCACGGAUAUUUUCCCCAUCUCGCUCAGCUUCAAGACAAAGCCGAAGGCAUUCAAUAAUAACACCACUUUAA